AGAUGCCUGUGUGUCUUUUCACGUAAACAUAAAUCCUGUUUUUUCCUGAUUGCAUUUGGAAUCAAUGUAGAGAAGCUGAAGAAAUUAUGGAAGAAGAUGGAAAUUGAAACGUGUGUUGACUUUAAUAAAAUUUGUAGUAUAGUGCUACAGCUGAACUUGUGUUGAGUGUUUUGAAGUCUGGGAGAUUUACUGUAUUUGUUACAUGGAUUAUUUAUAGUCAUUAUGAAAACCUUUGACUAAAACAUUGUCUGAGAAGCUGGUUGAUCAGGGAUAAUGGAUAUCAUGGAUAUACUUAUCGUAACCCUGGUUCCCUCAGAGAAGACUACAACCACUAAUUACAUUGGUACGGGAUACUCCUGCCCUUCGGGAAGGUAUUGCUGAGCUCUCUAUACCAGAGCUGCCGAAAGGCUCCUUCCUGGGAUGACACUCUCGGUCCCGCCUACCGAGGGAAUAAAACUGUCAUUCACAGGAAAAUCCUCCUUUUACCAUCGAAUUUUCACUCUUGCUAUCUGGUCACCCUAAGGACUCUCCGAGAAGAAAAUAAAGGGAGAAAGAGUACACUGUUUACAAGGCCCAACUCACCGAGGCCUAGCCCCUUGGAAGAGGGCACAGCUGGAAGGUCAACUCGACAGCGGGAAUACGGCAAGGCCUAGGAGGACGCAUGCACUCGGGAAGAAAGUAAAGGAAGAGAGAGUGCACUGUUUACAAGGCCAACUCACUGAGUUGGCAGACCUGUGUGGCCGGCAGGGUCUACUUGACAGCGGGGAUACGGCAAGGCCUAGCCCCGUGGAGAAGAGUGUGGCUGGGAGGUCAAAUUGACAGCAGGGAUACAGCAAGCCUAACCCCAACAAGGACACGAGUACUCUCAAGAAGAAAAGACAAUUAUUCAUGGAUGACUGCACAGGCAGUCGCUCACAUACGACAGACAGAUAAAAAAAGAACAGCCUACCACGCAAGCGCGGAGGCCUCUGAAAGACAGAAAGGACUCAGUCUUUUAAGUCGUUGAUUCCAGGAAAGUGGCAAGCCGGCUUUCAGCACGAAUGCAAGGGAAAUUCAACACAACUCAAUUUGAAUUGAAGCUCUUUACUUAUACACAUUCGGCUAAACCGAGGUUUUACCUUACCAUCUUCAGAGGGAAAAAGAGGAUCUUCCUGCGUUUUAUUCCCUCGGUAGGCAGGACAGUGUGCAUCAUCAGAGGAACUGGCCUUUUGGCAGCUCUGGUAUAGAGAGCUCAGCAUUGAUUGAAUUGAAAGGGAAUCACUGAAGAGACGUCUACUGACCCCGCUGCUCAACCCUACGACCCUUGCCGAACAGAGGUAACAGGAUAAGAGUACCUUUUAAUGUGCUCGUACUGUAAUUGACCGAACGUUUGGAAUCCUCAAAAUGCAAUCCCGAUGUUUGGCUGUCUCUGGGGGAACACUACAGUACACUCCUCAGAAGUAAACACGACUGUGAAGAAAGCCAGUUCCUGCAAGUGGGCUGCUGUGGGUUUUGCUGUGCUGUGGAUCCUCUCCGUGUCCAUCCUCCUGGGCGUGAUCUUUUACAGGAAUGCAGAGUAUGCCAGCCUCUUUCAAAAGCAUUCUGACCUGCAGAAACAACUGAAGAAGGAUAUGAACAUGACAGAAAAUUACUCAGCUGUGUGGAAGUGGAUCCUCAGUGCUGCAGUUAAUGUGACUCUGGACCCUGACACAGCGCAUCCCAAACUCAUCCUGUCUGAGGAAGGGAAGCAAGUGAGUCUUGGAGAAAGACGACAGGCUCUCCCUGACAAUCCAGAACGAUUUGAUUAUGUUGUCAGUGUCCUGGGCAGGCAGGGCUUCACCUCAGGGAGACACUACUGGCAGGUGGAGGUGGGGGAGAAGACUAGGUGGGAGUUAGGGGUGGCCAAAAAGUCCAUCAACAGGAAGGGUAUGAUUUCACGGAGUCCUAGGAAUGGUUACUGGACUGUGAGGCUGAGGGAUGGAGGGUACGAGGCUCUGGCUGACCACUUUAUCCCCCUCCCCCUGAGCGUGAAGCUCCGGAAGGUGGGGGUGUAUCUGGAUUAUGAGGAAGGGCAGAUCUCCUUUUACAAUGUGGAGAGCAGAUCUCACAUCUACACUUUCACUGACACCUUCACUGAGAAGCUCUAUCCAUUCUUCAACCCUUCUGUUAAUACAGAUGGUAAAAAUGCAGCCCCUCUGAUCAUCCUCCCUGUCAGUGAUAGAGAUUGAGUAAAGUGGUGUAUCUGUAUGACAGCCUAUACCAGCACUGAUAAUCCUGUUCACUGCAUUAUUACUUGCCCACCUCUUUCUUUGUCUACCUGUAAUUGUUUUACCGAUUGGCACUGUCAGUAAUUAUGAGCUUGACAAAACUAUGGGAGCGCCCGUCACAUUUAACACACCCCUGUGACUUGCGCACAUGGACUAUUCCUCACAUGCCUGAUUCAUCUGUGUGGCACCAGCGGUCUCAUUACUGUCCGCCUCAUCACUGCCCGCCUUCCAUUGCAAAGAAUAUAUUUUGGUUGUAUUGUUAUUUUUUUAAAUUCAUCUUUGUUUGAUUUUUACCUAAUAGUUCAUAUGAUGCAGAUCAGGUCACAUGUCCUAGAUUUCCCAGAAUCAAUGUAACAGGUAGCUCUGUAUGGUUUAGUUAGUGAAGAAUAGCAAGUUUUACAAUAGAUAGGAGGUGGCCUGCACUGUAAAUACUGCUAACAGAAUAAAGAGACUCAUUGAUUUAUGCCAGGGGUGUCAAACUCAAUUUUACCAAGGGCAAUAUCUUAAUGUAACGCUUGAUUUGUGGACCACAGAAUGCACACAUUGUACACACGUGCAUUUUAAUAGG